AUGUAUUUUUCUACGCAUACACUUUAUUUAUUUUUAAUAUUAAUUUCAAUUGCUUGGAAUGCUUAUAAUUCACAUCAAUAUCAAAUAUUAUCUGAACGACAAACAAAAAUCGAAAAUAUUCUUACAGAAUUAUUACCUUCAACAUCAUCAAUAUCACCAUUUCAUCAUGAACAACCAUCACUUGAACAAUGGUUUAAUAAAAUCUAUCAUUCUAUACAACAAUUUAUAUUAAAAGAUUCAAAUCAUAAUGAAUCUAUUGCAAAAUCAUAUAAGGUUGAUACACGUAAACGACGAUAUAUACACGAUACACAAAAACUAAAUUGUCAAUGUCCACCAGGUUUAAAAGGCGAAAAGGGUGAUCGUGGUUUUGCAGGAUUUCCGGGUGAAAUGGGUCCAAAAGGUGAACGAGGUCAUCCUGGUUCAAUCGUUUGGAAUGGUGUAAAAGGAGAAAAGGGUGAACCAGGUUAUAAUGGACCAUCGGAUCAAGUAGGAAGAUUAUCAUCAUCAUCUGACGCCAAAUUUAUUCAAGGCCCACCUGGUCCGCCAGGACAAAAAGGUGAAAUGGGUCCAGCUGGUAUUCAUGGCAUUGGUAGAGUUGGUCCACCUGGUCAAGAUGGUUUACCUGGUGAAAAGGGUGAAAAAGGUGAUCGAGGGCCCAUUAUUCGACCAAAAAGACGUCGUUUAAUUUGUCCGAAAGGUGAACCUGGUCCACCGGGAUUAAGAGGUGAUGCUGGUUAUUCAAUUAUCGGACCAAAAGGUAGUCGUGGUGCUCCUGGUCUACCAGGAAGUCCUGGCCUACCUGGACAAGAUGGUAUCGAUGGAAGAAAUGGUGAUAUCGGUAUUCAAGGACCACCAGGUUUCAAAGGUGAUCGAGGUGUUAAAGGUGACGCCGGAUAUAUUCAAAAAGUUGAUUUUAAUCAAACACAUAUUAUCUUGAAAGGUCCACCAGGUCUUCCAGGACGCAGAGGAAGAAUUGGUCUUCCUGGUCAACCAGGAUUCGAUGGUCCAAAAGGUGAUCAAGGAUACACUGGACUGACGGGAUUAAAAGGAGAUAAAGGUCCACCUGGUGUUAAGGGUGAAAAGGGUGAACAAAGUAAAGGUGAAAAAGGAGAACGAGGUUCAAUAGGUUUACCUGGUUAUUCUCCGGGUAAUCAAGGUGAACAAGGUAUUCGAGGUCCGGCAGGAGAGAAAGGUGAAAAAGGUGCAGAAGGACGAGAAGGACAACGUGGAUUUCGUGGACGACCUGGUUUACCAGGUCCUUCUGGAAUGGAUGCGUUACCAUGUCCACAAGAACUCCUACAUAAUUUUGAUAAGAUGUGUAAUUCAUGUUGUAAUAAACCAUAA